UCACAAGCGCAGGUGCAAACGUGGUACGGCAGUGAUCGCUGCAGCUUGUUAGUGUGACCAACCGCGUGGUCCAAAAAGCCAGAACAGCAAGAUAUCGACAGACUGAGUUCACGACCUCUCAGUCACACCAACGACGUCUCUACCGUCCCAAGAUGUUUUCCAAGAAAGAGAAGGACGUUCAAGCGUCUCCAGAUCUCAAUGGACAGAAGGCAGCACCACAGUACGAUGGCAACUAUCAUGAAGAAGUCCCCGAGCUCGCUCAAUGCCCGCCGCACACGACCGAGGCCAAGUUGGUCCGGAGAAUCGAUCUCCACGUCAUUCCGUUCCUCUGUGUCAUGUAUUUGCUAGCUUUCUUGGACCGUGUCAACAUUGCCAACGCCAAUGUAUUCGGUCUCUCGACGGAUCUUGACUUACACAGCAACCGUUACAACAUUGCUUUGGUCAUCUUCUUCGUCCCGUACAUCCUCUUCGAAAUCCCUUCCAAUGUCAUAUUGAAGAAGCUCAAGCCAAGAGUCUGGCUCUCCAUCUGCAUGUUUGGCUUCGGACUCGUCACCAUGCUUCAAGGCUUCGUCCAGAACUACUCCGGUCUUCUGGCUACGCGCUUCUUCCUUGGUGUUUGCGAAACGGGCAUGUUCCCUGGAGCGUUCUACCUUAUUGGCAUGUGGUAUCGUCGCCACGAAGCUCAGAAGCGUUACUCAUUCUUCUUUUCUUCAACCACUCUCGCCGGCGCUUUCGGAGGUCUGCUUGCCAGUGCCAUCGGAAAAAUGGAUGGUUUGAGGGGCUACAGAGGCUGGCGUUGGAUUUUUAUCCUCGAGGGCCUUCUUACCGUCAUUGUCUCAUUCCUCUUCUUCUUCAUGCUGCCCAACUUUCCCGAGGAGUCGAAGUGGCUCUCCGAGGAUGAGCGCGCCUUCAUCAAAGCGCGUCUGCAGAUCGAUCAAGGCAAGUCUGCACACGAUCGAAAGAUGACAAUCGGCGACGUUGGGCGCGUUUUCAAGGACCCGAAGGUCACGAUUGGCGGCUUCAUGUACUUUGGUCUCAUCGUCCCGGCAUAUGGUUAUGCGUACUUCAGCCCGGCCAUCAUCCAGUCUUACGGCUACAGUCCCAUUCAGACUCAACUGCACUCCGUUCCGCCGUGGGCUGCGGCCUUCGGCUUCUCCAUGUUGGUCGCGUGGUUCUCCGACAGACUGAAGCACCGAUUCUUGUUCACCAUCUUCCCGAUCUGUGUUUGCAUCACGGGUUUUGCAAUUCUCAUCUCGGUCCACAACAACCCGGAUCUUCAGUAUGCGGCAUUGUUCCUGGUCGCUAUGGGCGCAUACACUGCUAUGCCUGUCAUUGUUUGUUGGUUCAACAUGAAUCUUGGUGGCCACCAUCGUCGCUCUGUAGGAUCUGCAUGGCAGGUCGGCUUUGGCAACAUUGGCGGAAUCAUCGCUGUAUUCGCGUUUCUGAAGAAGGAUGCCCCAAGAUACAUUCCGGGAUACUCGAUCUCUAUCGCCUUUGUGUGCUUCAGUGCGCUCAGUUGCUGCCUGUACUUUGUCGCAUGUUCGUGGCAGAAUCGAUCGAGGGAGAAGAGUGUAAGAGACGUCGGCUUGACGGAGUACGAGAAGACGGAAUUGGGUGAUUUGAACCCAGACUACAGGUAUCAGCUGUAGACGGAGGUGGAAGAGAGUAGGUAAUGGCUGGAGAGCGUUAG